UCUUACUAUAAUCAAUAAAAUUGAGAAUGUUUAUUUCAGCAGUAAGUAAAGCUCCGAGACCUCCACCGAGGCCAAGUGUAUCUGAUGCUGAUGAUGAUCGUGAAGAUUAUGAAGUAGUUGGACAACCAAUGAAACCACCAGUUGUUGCUCCACGAAACACCAAACAGCAUGAAAUUCAUCAGAACCAAUCAAAACAAGACCACAAAACACCAGGAGGAAAUAUCCAUGCUAUGCAGAAAGACAAACAGACGCAUAACGAAGAAGAAGUGGACGGACCUCUAUUAAUUUAUGAAGUCCCAGAUGAUUCUUCUGGUGAAUAUAUUGCUUUACCACAACAAAAACAUAAAAUCUCUGUACCAAAGCCAUUUUAUAAGAGAUUAAUGCGUGUUCAGUCUGAGCUUAAAGCGAGAUUAUUACCAAAGAGUCAUCAUUCAGCAAAACUGCCACCGAUCUUGCCAUCUAUAGCGGUUACACAACCUCUUCCAUCGCCAACUUACGACAAAAAACACGAAGAGACGCCUUUUCCCUCACAAUCGUCUCCGAGAAGUAAGGCAAGACAUAAGCCACACCAGUCUCCAACAACACAAGUACAUCAAGAAAAGCCGAGCCCGUUACGUGUGAAACCCGUAGAUACCAUCAAUAAACCACCUAGACCAAAACCUAUAGGAAAGAAAGUUGUACCAGUUCCAUCAAACAAAGAUUCACACGCUAAACCGGCUACCAUAAUCAAAGAUUCAAACUCCCAACUAGAUGACGAAAGUGAUGAAGACCUACAAGACUAUGAUUAUCCAGACAUUUCUAAAAUGCUUCCUAUACCACCACCCCAACAGUCACAAAUCCGACCGGUAGUCAGAGUUCAACCAAGUACACGUAUUACUACUUCUGUGACGACGUCUUCAGAGCGCAUGUCACAAAUGUCCGUACAAGACGUGGUGCGGUGUUUGCAUCAAUGUGCUUUACCUAAACUUGCCAAUUUAUGCGAUGAAAAUGCUAUUGAUGGAAAAUUUUUAUCAGAUCUAAAAGACGAUGAACUGCGUGAUAAACCAUUUUCAUUGAACAAUAUAGAGGUUGCAAAGCUGAAAAAGAUGAGAGAAGGAUGGCGGCCAAAAAUAGAUUGAGUCGUUUUACAAUUUUCAGCUAACUAGUAUUACAGACUUCAAUUUUUUGCAAUAUUAUUUUAAGUUUAAUUAUUUUUACAUCCUAUUAUUUGAUUUAUACGAUAUUGUAAAAAGCAUUUUGCAUUGCAAUUUUGAGACAUUUAUCAGUAUUUAUUCGAACAUCAUUUAUUUUUGUUUUGGUAGGAUUUAGUACCUUUUGAUCGUAACCGUAAAAUGAAUACUUAUAUCCUGUUUAUUUCCCCCACAGAUUUAUAAUAGAUCAGCAAAAAACCCAAGAAAUAUGAAGAAAAUUCUUUUAUCUUAUAGUUUUAGUUAACGAUAUACCGUAUAAGGCAUAAAUAUGCAUUAGUUUCUUCUUGUUAGUGUCCUGUUUAUUCAUGAUUGCACAAGCCCGAAGAGGAGCAAAAUCGUAAAUGUUUUAUAACAAGUGAAGUACCAGUAGCACUGUUACAUUGAAAACCAAAAGGUCGAAAGAACAACAAAUGACAGAGACAAAAGGAAACGAAAUGAAGACAAAUUAAAAAUUAUACUAAAAUGAUAUCCAUUUAUCAACAUCUGCAAAAAGUGAUAACUAAAACGUCAAAUAAAUAUUUGGGAAUGAAAUGUGCUUCGGAAUGGUAGGUAUUUCCAGCGCUAUAUAAUUCGUAUAGCUCCGUAUUCAAAAUCGUGUCCCCGAAAAUCAUUGUCAAAAUAAUCCUUAGUAAUCAUCAGGGAAACUCCAAUUCUGUUAUUGCCCCUCGUGAAAUUGACUUAUUCAGUGACAAAAAUCCUAUCUAGUAUAUACAUGUAUAUUCAUUAUUUUAAUUUUUUUUAACAAAAAAUGAAAUGAUUUAUUUUUUGUGAUUGUUUCUCCAUUUUCAAAAUAAAAUCCCACUAAUUGAAAUUCAGAUCGUGAGCGAAGUUGGGACACAAAAUCUGUAUUUCAACCAUGAUUUACAAAUCACCUCCAUAAGAAAAUUUUUGAAACAAUACAGUUUGUGUAUUUUU